AUGCCAGAUCAUUACAAGCCAAUAGAACAAGAUUUGGGCGAGCUGAUAUCUGGAGACUUUAAUGGUUGGGAGAAUACAUCAAAGGAUCAUGAAGGAAUUGUAGACUCCAUUAAGGAUCAUGGUGAAAAUGAUCAGUCUAAGGACGCUCAAUUACGAAACCAAGGGGAUGAUGGAAGAGAUAGUCAAUUAGAUGACGAUAUAUUUGUGGGUGCUAGUCAGGAGUUUGAUAACUCUACUGAUGCCAGCUUUGAGCAAUUCGACGUAGAGGAAGGACACUACGAUGCACACCCGUUUGUGAUAGCCAAUCAGAGUUCUGCAGGCAAUUUGAAGUCAGCUUUCUUUAACAUGACUAACUCAAUCAUUGGGGCAGGUAUAGUUGGUAUUCCCAGAGCUUUAAAAAAUAUGGGUUUACUGAGUGGAAUUGUGCUGCUUAUAGUUUUGGCAUUAUUGAAUGACUGGACUUUGAGGCUCAUUAUUCUGAACACGAAGCUUUCAGGUGCAAAAACCUACACAGGAUUUGUGACCAAGAAUUUUGGAAGGAUUGGUAAGAUUGUGGUCCUUUUGUCUCAAGGUUUGUUUGCCUUUGGGGGAAGUGUAGGUUUUGCGGUCAUUAUUGGAGACUCUAUACCGCAUGUCCUAAGAAGUCUCUUCAGUGAGGCUACGAAGAAUUCCAAGUUUGUCGAUUUCAUUCUUAGCAGAAAUGUCAUUAUUGUCUUUUGUGUUGUUUUCUUCUCCUAUCCAUUGUCAUUGGUUCGUGAUAUAUCAAAGCUUGCCAAGGCUAGUGGUCUUGCAUUAAUUAGCAUGCUUAUUAUCAUCAUCAUUGUUGUCAUUAGGGGACCAAGUAUGCCGUCCAAUAUUCGUGGUACUAUAAGUGGUGCUGAUUGGUUUAUUCAAAACGGACUUUUCAAGGGUAUCAGUGUUGUUUCCUUUGCAAUGGUAUGCCAUCACAAUACCACUUUUAUUUAUGAUUCUAUUCGCAAGCCUACUUUGGAUAGAUUCAAUGCCUUAACACAUAUGUCUUGUUUGGUUUCUAGUGUUCUCUGCGCUAUAAUGGGUUUAUCUGGUUAUCUAACUUUUGCAUCAAAAACAAAGGGUAACGUUUUAAACAACUUUCCGGCAGAUGAUUGGGUUGUCAACAUUGCCAGAUUCUGUUUUGGCUUGAAUAUGCUCACGACUUUCCCCCUUGAAAUUUACGUUGUCAGAGAGGUGGUGAAGGAUUUGAUGACUAUUUAUGGGCAAAUAAGGCGAAGAGAUCCAUCAUACAAGAUUGAAAAAUUAUCAACCUCUCAACAUGUUGCUGUUACGUCCCUCGUUUCCUUCCUUCCAAUGGUGAUCUCUCUUUUCACGUGUAACUUAGGCGCAGUGCUCGAAUUGGUUGGUGCUACUUCUGCUUCUAUGAUAGCCUAUAUUCUUCCGCCUCUUUGCUACGAUAAGAUGACUAAAAGGAACAAAACAUUUGUUCAAAGAAUACCACCCAUUGCCUGUAUUGUAUUUGGAUUUGUGGUUAUGAUCGUUUCAUCAAUUCAGACUUUAAGUGAUUCAUUUAGUGGGAAAGAUAGAAGUCACUGCGUGGAAUAG